AGACCAACGAACAGCUGUCAGACCUGCGUUAAUUGGUUUUCAUCCUCCAGAACGUUUAAUGAACUCCUCGAGCGCCUCCUUAAAUGUGAGACCACAGCAGCGUCUCCCCGUCCAAAUGCUUUUGCAUCGAACGCGCAUACGCACCCUUUAAGCUACUUCUAUUCAUUUAUGAUUGGAACGCGCCACACUUCAUUUCAACUUUAUCUGGUUGAACUUGUGGAGCCCUGCGUUGGUCUCCCGGGGGACGGUGCUCAGAAAUCGUUUCAUAAGACCAGGAUAUUGCCCAAUUUCUGUGAACUUAAACGCCGCAGAGGAGCGUGCGCUGACACCAGAUCUACAGUAUGUCACAGCCGUUUGCAUGACAGCAAAUGCAAAUGUAAUUUUGUCGUCUCCAAAGGAUUACACAAAGGUUUUGGUCGAAAAACAGAACAGACCUUAAGCUGUCAAGAGUGAAAGUUAUGUCCAGAAUCAGGUUUUAAGACUAAAUGGACUUUAUUUUGAAAAGUAAUUUGGCUUUGUAGUAAGUUGGCUGUGGAGUAUUUUCGUCAGAGUAUUGUGUAAAAUGUAAAAAACUGAGCAUGUUUCCAUUAAACAUUAAUUGGUGCCACCUGUUAAAAAAGGAACUAAUCUGUAGCUAAUCACAUGCAAACAGGCUCAUUCAAACAUGGUUGUGAAAAGGCUCAAACACACACUGAGACGCGAAUACUGCAGAUUAUUUGUUACUCUGCGUUACUGCAAACACGCAUCGCUCGGCUGCUGAUUCACAGUUUACCUCUUGAUUGUGUCUAUUUAUGUCUUAAAGCUGAAGCACUGAACUGUUUUCUCUCUUUCUCCUCUCAAGCCGGCAGAUGAAAGGUAAAUAUACAGUUAAAUGGUGAGAGGCACAUAAUGUAAAAUGUUGACACCAUGUGGUAUUUUGACUGUGGGUGCCGUCGUCACGCUCCACAACCACGUUUGAUUCACGUUUCAACAUUGAUCCUAAAUGUUUGUGCUGGUAAGCGCUUGCAGCGUUACACCUGCAACACAUCUGGACGUGACUCACCCAGUUGGAGUUUUUUGUAAACGCAGUUCUAUUAAGUGUUUGACAUCAUGUAAUGAAUGUUUUGACAUUUUCUAAUCUGAUUAAUGAACUCCUUACAAUCAGAGAGGCCGCGCACUGUAGAUAUGAAGUGAUUUGUAAUGGUUGCCGUUAAUAUUGAAUACAGUAAGUAGACGAGGUUAGUGAAGGACACAAACAGAGCAGAUCCAGGUUCAGUCUUUAUAUCUGUGCCACCAGUGAAUGAACUGUGUUUUGUUUUCUACUGUGGUUGGUUCACAGAAACCGUACGCCUGUCAGAUCCCGGGCUGCACCAAGCGAUACACGGACCCCAGCUCCUUACGGAAACAUGUCAAGGCUCAUUCAGCCAAAGGCCUUCAGGAGCGGGAGGUCAAGGUUCAGGUUCACGCCCUGCUGGAGUCCGACAUCCUCAGCGACGUUCUGGCGAAGCAGCGCCUCACCAGCGCCGAUCCUUCGCUCCACGGGAACAGCUCGCCCCUUCCAGGCCUGGACGACUUCGCAGGCGUGUACUUAAACAGCAGCGCCGUCGACAGCAGGGGGAACGGCUUCCUCCCCCCGUCGGCUGACGCCUGCGCGAGGUAUCCGGGCCUGGGCGGGAACUUUGACGCCAGCAGCCCGGUGUCUUCAGGAACGAGCCCAGACGGGAACCGAGCGCCGCCCCUGUUCGCGCCGGCGGAGCGGCGCCAGGUGGGCGCGUCCUCGGACCCCUACCACAAGAGCUACGGCCUCCAGCCGCAGGCGUUCCUGCAGCAGCAGCAGCAGCAGCAGCAGCAGCAGCAGCAGCAGCAAGGUGCCGGCGACGCCCCCCCCCCCACCGCCGCCAGCAACCCGCUGCUUCUGUCUGUGCAAGGCUGCCUGUUCGCUCAGGGGAGGGCGGCGCAGCCGGCCGCCGAUGGAGGCCUGGAGGCCGUCAGCUACAUCUCGAGCCCCUCCGCUCCCCACUGUGCAGGGUUCGACCUGCUGCAGGACCUGCAGGGCCAGGCGGGGGGGGGCUUCUCCAUGUCCCCGUGCCCCGACGACAGCUUCCUCUUCCAGACGGGGGGUGUGGACCGCUGCCUCAGCCAGAUCUUCUCCAUCUACCUGGACUCGUGAUGGCACCAUUCAAACGCCAACUCUGGAGCUGAAGAACCGGGAGAGGACCCACGCGGACACGGGGAGAACGCGCAAGCGCUGCUUCUGGCAAUGACUGACAGAAGCCUCAUUUUGAAGCGUCACGACCCGGAACGGUUGAGGGCUUUUCUGUCCCGAGCACUUUAGCCUCAUCUCUGCAUUGUAAAUAUGACGAUCAAACGACAGGAGCAGCGGAACCAGGAGCAUCUCGUUGGAGCCAUAAUCACACUGGGACUUUUCCAGGUGUCACAAUUCUUUAUACAUAAUCACCAGUGAGCUGUUUUUAACUCUGUGACUGGCUCCAUAUUUAGUAGGAAUGAACGCGGGAUCACAAAGAAAACCGUGCGCUGUGUUUUAAAGGUGGACACUUUAUUUUUCAGCAGCCACCUAAAAACCUGUCUUCCUCGUAACUAGCAGCUUAAGCCCAAGUGCAGCUAAAGACUGAGGCGGAGUCCGAGGGGGGGGGGGGUCGCGCAGAGCGGCUCAGUGUGGACUCCUGGGAUGAAGAAACGGAGAAUCUGCACUACGAUAAAGUUACUCUCACAGGCCGCGACCCGAGGGCCUGCAUCUUAGUGUGUGUGCGUGUGUGUGUGUGUGUGUGUGUGUGUGUGUGUGUGUGUGUGUCCAUCAGUGUUAAAUCCAGCUGUGCGUUGUUUACACUAAGCACUCUUGUCGCCACAGAGACUUUAAGAAAAUGACCAACCAGAAAAUGUUUACACUGAUUUUGUAGCAAUUCAAAGAUUUCUUACUAUUGUCAUUGAACAGUGUAUAGUACAACUGCAUCCAUCUUUUAUAUCUGAAUAAAAACCUGUUUGUAUA